AUCUACUACCUACCAGCUGUGCAUUUAUUUAUUUGUCUGUUUGUUUGUUUAUGUGUCUGUUGAUUGCUUCACCAAUUGUGUAUCAUUCCUUACCAUUUAAUGUUGUUCUCUACGCUUUUUGUGUCUUCCUUCUUUUUUUGUGUUUCCAGUUUGCUCUAUUUACAGGUAAGUACAUCUACUUUGAAGUCACAGGUCCACCCUAUUCUAGUCAUGCCGCUCUUGUCAGUCCGGAGUAUCUCAAGAGUGGCAAUGCAUGUCGCAUGCAGUUUGCAUAUCAUUUCUAUGGCAGUAAUAUUGGAGACAUGGACGUCUACUUUGUGACUAAUAGAGAUGGAAAAAUUCAUAAUUUGUGGUCUACAAGGGGAAAUCAAGGAAACGUUUGGCAUAUGCGAUCAGUACUUAUUGGACCACAGACGGACUUCAACAUCUAUUUUAAUGGCACUCAUUAUAGAGGUAUCCUGGGUGAUAUGGCACUGGACGAUAUCUCAUUUUUUGACUGUGAUCCGAACUUUACACAAAGACCAUGCACCAAGAAUGAGUUCACUUGUUUACAGAGCAAGCUGUGUGUGGAAACAGAUUCACUGUGUGACUUACGCAGUGAUUGCUAUGACAACAGCGAUGAAACACAUUCUUCUUGCAAGUCGGCAUUUCGAUGUGAUUUUGAGCAAAGUAUGUGUGGAUUUACAAAUGAUGAGAAUAACGACGACUUUGACUGGACGUUGGCUCGAGGCUCAACGUUCAGUUUACAAACAGGACCAAGAUCUGAUCAUACGAUAGGGGACUCAAAUGGUUGUUAUAUCUACAUUGAGGCUUCAUACCGUGCUACCGGUGACACUGCUAUUCUGUGGAGUCCGCUUUUUAAUUCUUCAACAACCGCGAACUGUUCUGUCAGGUUCUUUGCUUUUAUGUACGGUCGACAUAUGGGAAGUCUGGUUGUGUCUCAAGUUAUUGGAACAUCGUGGACUCAACUCAUGAAUAUUAGUGGAGAACAGGGACAAGACUGGAAGAAAUUUAGCUUGAUCGUUCCUUUAUCAGGAGGGAAGAAAUUUAAGCUUGCCUUUGAGGGAGUUCGUGGGAAUGGCUAUGCUGGUGAUAUUGCAAUAGACGACUUGACGUUCAGCACAUCUUGUCCAAAACCAGAACUUUCCACUGACGCAAUGACAACAUCUACUCCAACUGCAGCCAAGAGAUUCGUAGACCCUUGUUUUACAUCAGCUUCGUCUAUUGCAGACGGAAGUGUGAGGCUUGUUGAUGGGAACACUCCAAAUGAAGGUCGAGUGGAAAUAUAUCACAAUGGGCGAUGGGGAACAGUAUGCGAUGACGAUUGGACUUCAACUAACGGACGAGUGGUUUGUAAGCAGCUAGGAUACCGAUACUACCGCAGUAGACUAUAUAAUAGGCCAGGUAGUGGGAGUAUAUGGAUGGACGAUGUCAGAUGCAGUGCAAGCGACUUAAGAUUGCAGCAUUGCUCAUUUCGUGGUUGGGGAAUUCACAAUUGUGGUCAUAGCGAGGAUGUAGGCGUAAUAUGUGGAACUGCAAUCGACGGUGACGUUCGACUUGUUAAUAAUGGAUAUACUGCAAAUGCAGGAAGGGUCGAAAUUUAUCACAAUGGGGAGUGGGGAGGCGUGUGCGGUGACGGUUGGGAUUUGAAUGAUGCGAAUGUGGUGUGUCGACAACUCGGUUACUCACGCAAUCAUAGUGCCGCUACUCGCUCAUAUUUUGGGCAAGGCUGCGGAAGAAUAUGGAUGAGCAAUAUUGAUUGCCAUGUUUGGCGGUAUUCACGAUUAGCUGACUGCCCUUUCUCAGGCUGGGGCGUACGCAGCUGUGAUCAUUCUGGAUAUGCGGGUGUGAUCUGCAGAACACCUGUAUUAAUCACUGACUGGUGGUGGUCUAAUACAACAAAAACACCGCCUAGAAAAGAUGAUAAAUCAGCGACUUCAAUAAUUGUUGGAGUUACAGUUUCUGUAAUGUCGGCUCUAUUGGUAUUUGUAAUCGUUAUAUUUGUCAUAAUCCGGGUAAGACGCAGACAGGCGAUCACUACAACAACGACGACAACUAGUGCUCAAGUAUCGGCUGGCCAACCGGCGCAGGCACAGUCGGUAAUUUUCGUACCAUCUGCAUAUCUGAAUGUGACAUAUCCCAGUCUUCACUUCAAUUCUAAUGAAUUGGGAGCUCCGCCGCCCUACGAGACGGUGAUUGGUUAUCGAAGCGAUAGCCAAACAGUGAACUUUGGUGGGAUGAAUCAGCAGUACGUCGCCUGACCUCUAAUGCAUUGAAUGGCAAUGUAUCUCAAAUGUGACAAAGCUGCUGUUUAUAUAUCUCGUCUCGUAGCUUGACGCUGUAAUGUUUGCAUUUGAAUUUUAACGAAAAUAAUAGUGAAGUGUUGAUUUUACUGAUUAGAAUAUUUUAAAAUGACAUUUUUAAAAUUUUUUGAUGAGAUUGAAUUAUUGCUGGUAAAUUAAUUAAUUGUAUGUCUAGCUUGUAUUGCUAUAAUGUGAAAGUAUUUUACGGCUGCGCAGCCUA